AUGCCUCGCGGUUCACCAGAAAACCAUAUCAAGGAGUUCAUCGAGUCCAUUCCUGACAGCAAGCUGACCGGUACCUUUGGCUCUCCAGGUGCCAAUGUCUUCUCUGACACUGGCUAUCGUCUAGACAUGCAGAACUACACCUCGGACGAUGACAACAAGGAGGCUGGUAUCCGCUUCAACCUUCAGGUCCAGGUCAACUUUGGUAAUCCGAAGCGGUCGGUGCAGAAGCUUGCUCCUGGUAGUGUAGCUUGGAUCCUGCUCCCUGUUGAUGAUACGUGGACUCCCAAGAUGAUUCGUGAUGAGUUGCUCAAGUCGGUCACGGGCUAUCGUGUAGAUCCCCCAAAGGAGAAGAAGGAGAAGGUCGAAGACAAGCCCAAGCCUGAGCACAAGCAUAACCCAAACAAGUCUCGUAAGCGCUAA